AACAAAAUAAGCUUUAUUUAUUGUUUUGAUUUCGGUUUAGAGCGCGCCGGUCGCAUCGAUUAGAGACGGAAAGAUCCCCAACACACACCUGAAAAUGAUUCACGAUAUUCUGUUCACUCUAUUCUCUUCAAACACCGAAUUACCGAUAGAAAACUUUACCAUUCCGGAGGUAGCAUCCACAUUCCUGCAUCCGGGUGAAAUACACAUUCUCGAGGAGCUCAUUCGCAUAGCAAACCAGUACAAGGAGAUAAAAAAGUUUGUCCAACAGUAUGGCACACUGACGGCCGGGCUGCUAAAGCCGAAGCAACAAAAAGCGACGGAAGAACCACUUCCGCAAGGACUGUACCUGCAGGCGUUCGUCGAUGGGUUAGAGCUGGUGGUGAAACCGUACCGUGAUCUCGUGGUAGAGCUGGAGGCAAAGUAUCUGAAGCGACCGAACCUGUCGCUGAUGUUUAUCUUCCAUCAAGUGAGCCAGUACCGGUCGUUGUUUGGGUUUCUGCUGCAGCUGAUCAGUGGUGUUGUGACGCAAAGAAUUCACGGUUGUGCCCUGCUGACCUACCUGCAGCAGCAUUGCCUGCACGGGAACGAUGCCAACUAUCAGGCAGUGAAAAUCAUACAAAAAUCUGUGUACGUCAUAUUCCUGAAGCAAUUGUACGGCUGGCUGAUGCACGGCAAGUUUGUUGACCACUACGGAGAAUUUUUCAUCCAGCAGGUGGAAAGCAAUUCAAACGCAUUAAACACUACGGGUGGUGCUAACUCACAGCAACCGACCCAUACGUCCGUUAACACGUCCGACAGUGCCAGCAUCAACUCCGAGCUGUGGCGAUACGAAAUUCGACGUGAAAUGUUACCCUACUACUUUCCCGCGAGCUGGGCCGAAAAGGUACUGUUCGUUGGGCAAACGGUCCUAAUGUGUCACUUCGAUCCACGACAACAGGUGGCCGAACGGACCUCCGGUUCUCGGGCCGGUGAUGCGAAGGGCAGAAAGGGAGCGGCAUUAGCUGCGGCUGCCGGGAAAGACAAUCUGUGGGGUGAGCACGAACAGGAACUGUUCCGAAAGUUCCACCAGCUGCAGAACGAGGAGAAUCUCAACGAGACCAAGUUCGAGCAUCUGGUGGACGAAAUUAAGGAGCAAGUCACGAAGCACAUGUCGAUGAUAGUGAUCGAGAAGGCGGACUUGGAACGUCAGCUACGGUUGAUGAAAGAUUUUUUCCUGCUCGGUCGGGGUGAAUUGUUUUCCGAAUUGCUUACCCAAACGCAGUCGCUGAAGCUGCUGAUCGGCAAGGAAAUCAAUGAUGGCACUACGCGCGAUUUAAACCGCGCACUGCAGCUGGCCGCCAACAGCAUUAACGUCGGGGAAGACAUUGAACAGUUUUCGUUCGAGCUGCCCGGUAAGGAUGAGGUCGAGGAUAGUUUCUGUUACGAGACAAAAAGCGCCGUCGGACACAUUAUGCUCAAGUACAAGGUUAAGUGGCCACUGCACUUGCUCUUCUCGCCCCGUAUUCUUGACCGGUAUAAUGAAAUGUUUCGCUUUUUGCUGCGCAUCAAGAAAAUACAGCACGAUCUGCUGCAGAUUUGGUCGUACCAGCGGGAAAGGCGCAUCAAACACAAUUCGGAAGUGGUACAGCUGCGCAACAAGCUAAUGUUUCUGAUCAACAAUCUGCAGUACUAUCUGCAGGUGGACGUGCUGGAAAGCCAGUUCGCCAUCCUGAUGGCAGCGAUCGCCAAUUCGGCCAAACAGGCGGAUUUCGAGCGCAUUCAGCGCGCACAUACGAUUUUCCAGGCGAACGUGCUUAGUUUGUGCUUUUUGCUGGCCAGCUCGAACAGUGGGGAACCGUCGUCUCUCAGCACCACCACUACGAUGGCGGGAGUGAUACAGGUGCAGGAAAACCCGGUGUUAACGAUACUAGACAGUAUUCUUUCGAUCGUUGACCGGUUCUGCACGUUCUGUUUGCUUUGCAAGGAUCCGAUGACGAAGGUUGAACGGCAGGAAUUUGUCACCUACGAGCAAGGAUUCAUGAACCAUGUCGAUUCAUUGCUGAAGCUGUUGAUUGGACUGAAGGCAGGGCCGAGCAGUGCACCACUGUCGCAACUGUUGCUGCGAUUGGAUUUCAAUCAUUGGUUUAGUUCGAAUACUCAAAGCAGUGCGCCGUAAUGGCCGGACCCAGGCCAUAUUUAUUGCCCCGCGUAUCAUACUUUGUUAAUCCACUUGCAUCUUCUCGAGAUGGGUCUUCAUUAAAAUACACUUCGUCAUAUGACAUUCGCA